AUGCCGGAAGAGAAAAGCGCCGCGACAAAUCUUGAAAAUGGCCAAGCCACGGCAUCCUCAACACCCAGCAAAACGAAGCGCCAAAAGACGCCCACUCGCCGACGUCCACAGAACGAAGGUGUUGUCGUUGCCGGCGGAGUGGGCAUCACCGGUGGUGGCGUCGUCAUAUUGCCGCAGCAUGUGCUCAACGAACUCUAUCACAAUUAUUCCAUUAAGCAAAGGCGUAGCGGCCUCAAGUGGUUUCUAUUUGCGGCCGUGCUCUUCAAUGUAUGGACGAUUUGCAUUCCCUGGCAGCAAGCGCUACCCACAAGAGCAUGUUGUUGGCCUUAUUUGUUAUUAACUGGGCUGCUGCACAUUGGACGUCGCUCCGAGCGUCCAGCAUUGAGACGCUUCCACCAAUCCUUAUUAACAGUUAUACCACGAGCCUUAUGGUUCCUUUCCAUGCUACACUUUGCUUCUUAUGUUAUGCUGCAAAAUAGCUUUUCACCACGUGAUGUGCUCGGCUGGGCCAUAUUGCUAAACUUUCUUAUCUAUGUGACGCUGCCGUUGCCGUUGAUAUUUCUGGGUCUUGUCAUUGGCUUCUGCACCUAUUUCAAUUGCUUGAGUUUGCCUGUGGGAUUUUCACGACCAGAUCCACAGCUAUCGGAGCAGGCAGCUGCGAAUGCAGUUUUAAUUGCCACUGCAGCUUUAAUUGGCCUGCUCUAUUAUUUUAUGGGCGAGGCUAAGCAGAAGCGCGCAUUUCUGGAAGCCAAAAAGAGUCUAGAAGUGAAGAUGGUUAUUGAGGAGCAGUCGGCGGAACAGGAACGUUUGUUGCUAUCUGUGCUGCCCAAGCAUGUGGCUAUCAAAAUGCGUGAGGACUUGGGCUCAUCCAGUUCGGAGGCCUUUAAGAAGAUCUACAUGAGUCGGCAUGAGAAUGUGAGCAUACUGUAUGCGGAUAUUGUUGGCUUCACCGCCAUCUCCUCAACAUAUAGCGCCCAAGAUCUGGUGAAAAUGCUAAACGAGCUCUUUGCACGCUUCGAUAGGCUCGCCGAGAAGUAUCAACAAUUGCGCAUUAAAAUUCUUGGUGAUUGCUAUUAUUGCAUUAGUGGAGCACCUGACGAACGACCAGACCAUGCCGUGCUCUGUGUGCACAUGGGACUUUCAAUGGUGAAGGCUAUAAAAUAUGUUCAACAGAAGGCAAACUCACCUGUUGAUAUGCGUGUGGGCAUACACACUGGCGCUGUUCUGGCUGGCAUUCUCGGCCAGCGUCAGUGGCAGUUUGACGUUUAUUCCAAGGACGUUGAGCUCGCUAAUAAAAUGGAAUCGAGCGGCAAGGCCGGGCGUGUGCACAUUUCAGACAAGACACUGGCCUUUCUCAGUGGCGAAUUCGAGGUGGAGCCAGCCUUUGGUGAAAAGCGUGAGGAACUUUUGCGUAUAGCGGGUCUAAAGACUUAUUUCAUUACCAAAGUGGUGAAGCCGUUUGCUUCACCAUGCGCUAAGAAAAUCAACGAAUCCAAAUCCGAAAAUGCCAACCACAGUCCGGACUCCACUUCCAGUAAUGAGAAUAACGAGAGCAACGAUAACGGUGAUGACAACGAUGCCACCUUAGAUGAUGAGGAGCUGCUGGCACAAAGCGCCACAACAAAUGGACUGGCCACAGCUGCAGCCGUUGAGGAUGAAGAGGAGCAAAUUAAGCUGGAGAACUUUAAGCAGCGCUUGAAGGACGAGCUAGUAACGCGUGAUGGCCACGAAAACCUUACCAAGGACACGAACAUCUUCUUGCGCUUCAAGAAUCCACAGCUGGAGCAAUCCUAUGCAGUCUAUAGGGAGCCAUAUAGUUCGCUGCCGCUGCUGGCCGCGCUGCUGGUGCAGUGCAUCGAUGUGUUAUACUCCUACUUGGUGUUGCCACGUUCAACGUUGCAUUUCAUUAACAUAGCAGCGCCGCUGGUGCCCAUUGCUAUGCUGGUGGCAAUUAGCAUUGCGGAAAGCUUUAGCGGCAUGUUGCCCAAGUUCUUUGUGGAUGUGAGCAAGCGCUUCAAUGACAUUACCUUCGUGCGCGAACUGGCAGCCAUAAUUAUAGCACUUACCAUUGGCCUCAGCAAUGUCAUCGACAUGUUCUUUUUCGUUACCUUCGUGCGCACCGAGCACAUUGUGAGUGAAAGUGAAUUCAAUGCCACGGCCGGACUAGAGGAGGUGCCCAACGCCGAGCACCUGCUGCCAGCAUCGUUUGUGCAGCAAAUGCGGGAUGCGGUGCCCACCGAGCGUGUACUAUAUCCGUCCUAUUUGAGUAACUUUGGUGUCCUGAUACUCAUCGCAAUUGCCGUAAUUGCGCAGCUCACGCACUUGACCAAGAUUCUGCUGUUACUAUCCAUAGCAGCUUUACAUUGCUACUUUAAUGUGUUUCUAAUGCAAGAUUUAUAUGCAUUGGAAGAUGAUUUGGCACAUCAGCCCAUUAUAUCAACACGUUAUUGUGCCUCUGGUUUACUACUCGUAGCUGCUUUGGCUCUCAGUUUCCUAGCCAGACAUAUGGAUCACGAGGAUCGCGUUAUUUUCAAAUGGAAAACCGAGGUGGCCGAACAAAAGGAAACUGCGAAUGAUAUGCGUCAACGUAAUGAAGCUUUGGUCUAUAAUGUCUUACCAGUUCAUGUGGCUGAGCAUUUUAUGAAGAAUACAAAACGCUCUCAUGAUGAUCUCUAUUCACAGAGUUAUGCCGAGGUGGGCGUACUAUUUGCUAGUAUGCCAAAUUUUUCAGAUUUUUAUUCGGAGGAAACAGUUAACAAUCAGGGCUUGGAAUGCUUGCGUUUUCUCAAUGAAGUUAUAUCUGAUUUCGAUGCCCUGCUGGAGCUGCCACAAUUUCAGGACAUCAUCAAAAUCAAGACCAUCGGAUCUACCUAUAUGGGCGCCAGUGGCAUUAAUCUGCAGCGUAAUCUACGCAAUGAUGCGGCCAUAACAGAGCGCUGGUCCCAUUUGGCCGUGUUGGUUGAUUUUGCCUUGGAGCUGAAGCAUGCGCUGCAGGGCAUUAAUGAACAGUCCUUUAAUCAUUUCGUGCUCAAAAUGGGCAUCAAUCAUGGACCUAUUACGGCGGGGGUCAUUGGCGCACGCAAGCCACACUAUGACAUCUGGGGGAAUACAGUGAACGUGGCCUCGCGCAUGGAGAGCACUGGCAAAGCGGGGGCCAUACAGGUCACCGAGGAGACUUGCAACAUUCUGCAGCAAUUUGGUUACACGUUCCAGCAGCGUGGCCUGGUAGCGGUUAAAGGCAAAGGACAGCUCAUGACCUAUUACUUACAGGGCAAGUCCGAAAGCAACAGCGAACCCAAGCCGGCUAUUGAGUUGCAUGAGUCAAAGCCAGAGGCAACGCCAGUUAGCCUGGAUGUAACACAAGAGCUUGAAGUAGAUAUUAAGACGCCGCUAUUGAAGCUAAAGGCACAGGAUACAGCUGCACAGGAUGCGCCAGUAGCUCAUCUGACCAAUGGCACUGUAGCCGAAUCUCAAUCCUUGUUGGAGUAAUUUUUAUUUGCUUUAAAUUUAGUCUGUUUACAUGUGUAUGAAUAAUUGUGAGUCUGAUUGAUUGUCUGUAUGUGUGCGUGCUUGUGCGCUUAAAGUUAAACUGUUAUACAACUGUUAUACAUAUAGUAUUUAUAUAUGCUACCAUUUGAUUUGCCUAUAUAUUCGUGUGAUAUUCUCUUCUAUGUAAACAAAAAAUGAGAUGAAUCUUUUGGUUGAUUUGUUAACUCAAUGUUGCUUUCGAAAAACUGUGUACCUUAAAAACAAUUACAACUAUUAACUAAGUAUUCCAAUUAUUGUGAA